ACUCUGAAAGAACAAUUUAGAGAAAUAGAAGACACUUUGCCUCUGAGCUCAGUUCCAGUCCCUGGAGGGCAGCGGGCAUCAGCCGAGGACCAGGGAGACAACCCAGGCAGCAGGACAUGUGGCUGCUCCCGGUUCUGUUCCUUCCCGUUGUCCAAGGCUCAUCUGCUCUCGUAGCAGUGUCCGAUGCAGUGAGCGGCCCAGCGCGGGGCUCACUGACCGUGCAGUGUCGCUAUGAACCCGGGUGGGAGACCUACAGUAAGUGGUGGUGUCGAGGGGCUGAGUGGAAAGACUGCCAUAUCCUCGUUCAAACCAAUGGAUCCGAGCAAGAAGUGAAGAGUGACCGAACGUCCAUCCAGGAUGAUCAGAAAUCAUUCACGUUCACUGUGACCAUGGAGGAGCUCAGGUGGAACGAUGCAGACACUUACUGGUGUGGGAUUGAGAGAACUGGAGCUGACCUUGGGGUGGAAGUUCAAGUGACCAUUGAUCCAGUGACCGUGCAGUGUCACUAUGGCCCAGGGUGGGAGCCCUACGUGAAGUCGUGGUGUCCGGAUGCUGAUUUGAAUAACUGCGCCAUCCUUGUUCUAACCACUGGAUCACGGUUGAGGAAGAACAAGCUGUCCAUCAAUCAGAAAGAGCACACGUUCUCCAUGGCCAUUUGGGGCGAGUAAAACAACUUUUGAGAACAAUCAGCUGUUGUUUUGAUG